AUGACAGACGACCAUGCUAUUAGUCGCAAUGGAGGCUCGCCGACCAAGCAGGCAAAGCUGAAUAGCGGAAAGGAUGAUCGUUUGACGAUGGCAUAUCUGGGGCCUCCAGGUACAUACGGUGAGAUGGCUGCAGCAGCAUUCAAAUCAUGCUAUAAUGUUGAUAUAGAUUUGGUGCCAUGUCCUAGUAUAUCAGCGAUUUGGGAGAGAACAGCCAAUUUCCAUGUGUUACCUUUGGAGAAUACAAUACAUGGAGGUGUAACGGAAACUCUCGAUUGUCUGCUAUCGAACUUAAACCCUUUUACCGAGGAUGAGUCGAGUAUCGAGAAGGUCAAGAGAAAGAGAAGAAUAGUAGCGGAUUUGGCCUUACCUAUAAGUCAUUGUCUAGUGGUCAGAAAGGGAACUAGAAAGGAAGAUAUCAGGUGGAUAAGGAGCCAUGAACAAGCAUUGGGGCAAUCAUCUAAAUAUCUCAAAACACAGUAUCCUGGUGUAAAGCUGAAAACAUGGCCUUCAACGGCAGGAGCAGCUGUCACUCUGUUGAGUCCGUCGGACGAAGAUUUAGCGGAAGGUCCCGGAGCUGCGCUGUGUGCAAAAGCGGCUGCUAAACUAUAUCAGAAUGAAUUAGACAUCUUGUUUGAAGGUACCCAGGGUAUUUCCGACAAUUACACGCGGUUCAUCCUUUUAUCAGACUCAAAAACAAGCUCUACACAUACUCCUUCAUCGAUACCGAAUCCAAAUCCGACAGAAUUCUACAUUUUACCUGCUGCUUCAGACAUAAUACCAUUCUUACAAUCGAGUCAAAUACGUAAUAUACAUACACGACCAACUCCAACGUCAAGCUCAGCUCAGCAAACUGAAGAAGUGAAUAGCAGCGGAGAAGUAUGGAAAUAUAGGGAGGAGAGAUUUCCUACAUUGUACUUCAUCGAGGUAGAUCAACAAAGUAUAAAAGGUGAUGUUGCUGUCAAGCGGAAUGAGGAAGGCGAGAACAAGGAAUGGGCUUUAGGGAAAGCAAGCUGGAGAGUAACGGACACGCAGCUGAAAGCUAUAUAG